GCUCCGCGCGCCGGCGCUCUCUCGUCUCCGCUGUGAUACCGCUCUAGUCAGCGGGCGAGUGCAGGAUGCUGCUCGACCUGGCCCGGUCAGAGGUGGGCGCGCUCAGCCCUGGCAUCGUGGCAGAUUUCGAUGGCACCACCGUGCUCUGUCAAGUGUGCGGGGACAAGGCAUCGGGCUUUCACUACGGCGUCCACUCGUGCGAGGGCUGCAAGGGCUUUUUUCGGCGCUCCAUCCAGCAGAAGAUCCAGUACAAGCCCUGCACCAAGAACCAGAACUGCUCCAUUCUCAGGAUUAACCGCAAUCGGUGUCAGUACUGCCGCCUGAAGAAGUGCAUGACUGUUGGAAUGAGUCGAGAUGCGGUGCGGUUCGGACGUGUGCCGAAGCGCGAGAAGGCCAAGAUCCUGGCGGCCAUGCAGUCCGUGAGCCAGCAGUACCGGCAGCAGGCUGCACUGUCGGAGCUGGAGGACGAGAGCGUGCUGGCCGAGGCCGUGGUGCAGGCCCAUCUCGCCACGUGCCAGUUCACGGCGCCGCGGGUGGCGCCGCUGCUGCAGCGCGCCCGCCAGGCGGCCGCCGUCGGUCAGGCCACCGACGCGCUCAGCCAGACCGCCGCCGGAUACGCGUGCCCGCUCAGCCCGCGCGAGCCGGACGCGUGCGGCCAGCUGCGCGACUCGCAGCUGUUCGGGCCGCACAUCAAGGCCGUCGUCGAGUUCGCCAAGCGCCUGCCCGGCUUCCUGCGCCUGCCCGAGGAGGACCGUGUCACGCUGCUCAAGUCGAGCGUGUUCGAGGUGCUGCUGGUGUGGCUCGCCUGCACCUUCGACUCGGAGACGAACGCGGCCGCGUGCCUGAACGGCCAGCUGGUGCACCGCGACGCCUACCCGGCCGGCUCGCAGCCGCGCUUCCUGCUCGACUCCAUGUUCGACUUUGCCGCGCAGCUCAACGCGCUCCGCCUGGACGACGCCGAGAUUGGCCUGUUCUGCGCAUGCGUCGUGCUCACCACCGAGCGGCCCGGCCUGCGCAACGUGGAGCUGAUAGGCCGGAUCCGGGCAAAGUUGGACGCAGCGCUGCGCAGCGCGCUGGUGCGCAACCAUCCGCAGGCGACUGACCUGUUCGCGCAGCUGGCCGGCAAGGUGCACGACCUGAAGACGCUUAACUCGCUGCACGCUGACAUGGUGCGCUCGCUGCGCGCGCCCGAGGAGACGACGACCUCGCCGGCGUGGGCGGCCGAGGCGCCACGCGGCGCCGCCAGCUCGCCGUGCAGCGUCAGCUCCGGCUACCGCGCCGCCGGCGAGGAGUGCAUGCCGCUGUUGAAGCAGGCACUGGCCGCGCCCGGCCUGGCCGCCACCGAGGGCCGCGAGCAACUGGUGCCGCACAAGAAGUUCCGCUGGAUGCGCCGCGAGAGCAGCUGCGAGCCGGCCGCCGAAGAGGAGGGUAAGGUGUCGCGCACACCCACGCUCAGUCGGAUCCUGGGCGCGCCGCCGCAGCGCGCCUGGAGCUCUGAGCAGAUCCGACAGCGCGAGGUGGUGGCGCGCCUGCUCGGCAUGGAGCCUCAGCCGCUCAACCUGACGAAGAAGGUUGGCCCGUGCCGGUCGCUGGAGGCUGUAUAA